AUGAUAGACUACCUUAUUUGGGACGAUGACGGCGGACUUACUGGUUUCUUGAAUCAGCGCACGAACAAUGAAGGCGUACCUUUUUACGUCAACCAGGGUCCGGCCAAGACCAUCGCGGAUGGCAUUCGCAAGAAGCCAGAGUCGAUUCUCCUAGCGGAUAUGGACGGGGAUGGCAAGGACGAUUACAUUUAUGUCGGAGAGAAGGGAGCCCUCUCUCUCUGGUAUAACCGUGGAAAUAUCGACGACAGCAUGGCCAUAGAUGGCCUCCGCUUUGCUGAUAUUGAUGGCGACGGGGUUGAUGACUACAUCUGGCUUGACCCAAAGACUGGCGCCCCGACAGUAUACAUCAACAAGGGUCCGAACGAGGACGACUCCCUUGGCUGGCUCUGGAACCCACUGAAUGGCGGGAAACCAAUUGCAUCAGGAGCUGCUCCUGCGUCACAGGUCACAUUUGGUGACAUAGAUGGCGACGGGAUGGAUGAUUACCUGACCCUUGACCCAAAGUCCGGUGCUCUGAGGGUAUAUCUGAAUAAGGGUAAGGACUCAGAGCACGAGUACGGUUGGCGGUUCCAGCCUAUCGGCGAGACUGCAUCUGGUCUCGGACCAGGGAAGAACGUUCGAAUCGCCGACGUGGACUCUGAUGGACGAGACGACUACAUCUACUUGCGCAAAAAUGGCCGUACAACCAUCUACCGCAACGUCUACGACAACGACGCCGACAAGUGGGAGCCCAUGCCUGACCAAGACGCCUCAGGUAUUGGUCAAAGACCGGAAGAGAUUCAGUUUCCCUAUCUUAACGGUGAUCAACGAGCCGACUAUGUCUGGACAGGGCUCGAGUACGGAACAGUUCACAUGUGGGCCAACAACUACGACUUCGACGAGAGAUGGGUCGACGGUGGUAGGAACUCGGACGGUGUUGGGACUUCGGGGGCAAACGUCCGCUAUGCAAUGUUGGUGAACAGUUCGCGGGCUGCUUAUGUCGUCGUUGACCCCAAAACCGGAGCUCUGGGGGCAUGGCUUAAUGGGUGUUCGGACGAUUAA